ACCAAUCUCCACGCCACGGUGUCGCGACCCACACGACGACGACGGCGUGCUAGUGCUAGUACAUCACGGCGAUGACGAGUGCCAGUGCCGUCUACGGCAAUAAUGGAGAACGUGACGGCGAGCGGAUGCUUCCAAGUCCAAGACUUACUCAAGCCAAUUCAUUGAAUUCAGCCCCAAGAGCUUCAGCCCCUGGUUCUGCGCCGAGACAACAUUCUUUAGGUCCCGCCCCAGGAACGCGUCUGAAGCGUGCAGGCAACCUGCUCACGCCGUCUGGUGAAGCCACACCUGCUUUGCAGCAAGUCCUCUCUGCUUCUUCCGCGUCUUUCCCUAUAAACACUGGUCUCGACACGCGCGAGACUGCGAGCGCGCCGACACUCACCAGGAGCGUGACAUUCGGCGCCUCGUUGAAGAGGACACUAACCGAGGUCAAGAAUUCGGGACUUGCGAUUAAGAGGAGUCUUUCAAGUAGACGGAGGGGUGGCCUUAACUUUAUACCCGUCGCCGGGAAGGACAAAAGCCAAGGGACGCGACACGGACGUAGUCUAUCUGAGAACCUAGGUUCUGCUUCUACUUUGCGAGCCGGUCUUUCUCUCGGUGCUGCUGUUACUGCGGACUCUGGAGAAGUGCAACAACUUCGCCGCAGCGUUACGUUUACGUCUGCAGCACUGCCAGAGCUAUUAUCGCCGGAGAUCAGCGAAGCAUCACCCACUGACCCAACGCCACCGACGCCGAAGAGUAAGUCGAAGAUGGAUAAUGACGGAAUUCACGUAGACGUCAAAGUACCUCUACUCUUGCAGGAAGGCACUCCAAUGACCAAGGUCUCCGCAAAGAAAAAGAAAACCGUGCAAUUCCGUAUCGAUCCAGACCAAGGGUAUGUCCUUUGGGAAUCAAAGAAAUCAGGAAUAAUACCGAUUGAGAACAUUAAAGAGAUUCGCUCGGGUGCGGAUGCAAGGUACUAUCGAGAACAAUUCCAACUUUCAGCAGAGUAUGAGGCGAGGUGGCUUACAAUCGUGUAUAUUGCUGAUGGGAAGUACAAAACCUUGCAUGCUAUUGCUACGACUCCGGACGUCUUCGUCAUGUGGGACCGCAUGCUACGUGCUUUGCAUGCUGUACGUCAGGAAUUGAUGAGCGGAUUAGGACACGUUGAAGCUCGACAGAGCGUUUGGGAAAAACGAUAUUGGAGAGGCGCAGACGAGCAGCGCGAUGAUAGACUUGUAUUCGACGAAGUGGAGAAGUUGUGUCGUCGGCUAAAUCUGAAUUUCUCAAAAGGCGACUUAAUGCGUCGGUUCAUGGAGGCGGACUCAAAGCAGCGAGGAUAUCUUGACUUUGAGGAUUUUAGGCAGUUUGUCAAGCUUCUGAAAGACCGUCCCGAGUUGACGAGGUUGUACAAGAAAUUGUCGGGGGAAGGUGUUUUUGACUUUAUAGUGUUUGAGAGCUUUAUGCGAGAGUUUCAACAGGCAAAAUUGAGCCAGGAAGAGUUAGAGACUCUGUUCAGGAAGUAUGCUGACGUGCCUUCCACUACAAGAUUGAGUGCGAAGAUAGAGCUCCCGCCAACACCGCCUCCAUCCGAACCCUCACUUCCUUCGAAUGCAUGUCCGCCCGACACCCAAGCCACUCCGGCUUCCGUACCGAUCGCCACAGAUGGAGAGACACCAACAUCAGCUCCUGCUAAUCCUCUCCACGCACCUCCAGAAGCAACGUCGGACCGACAAGGCUCGACCAAAACUACUUCAACCGCAUCAAAGGCCGAAGUAACACCACCAGAGCUGUCCGAACUUACUAUGUCUUUGGAAGCAUUCACAAACUUCCUUUUGUCAACAGACAACUCGGCUUUCUCAGAUCAGAAUGGCAAGAUUUGGCAGGAUAUGACGCGACCUCUGCCAGAGUACUUCAUCUCGUCUUCGCAUAAUACCUAUUUGGUUGGACAUCAGCUGGUAGGUGUUAGCACGAUUGAGGGCUACAUUAGGGCGUUGCUUCACAGCUGUCGGAGUGUCGAGAUUGAUAUUUACGACGGCGAGUACGAGCCUGUCAUCUAUCAUGGUAAAACCUUAACCUCCAGAGUACCUCUGCGAGACAUCUGCCAAGCAAUUGCGAAAUAUGCAUUUGUUGCCUCCCCGUAUCCCGUCAUCAUCUCCGCAGAAGUCCACUGUUCGCUAGUACAGCAAGAUCUCGUGGCAAGCAUCAUGCGCACCGUGUUUGGCGACACGCUUGUCAGUGCACCUCCUAGCGGACGGCCAGCCAUCACGGAACUGCCGAGUCCCGAGGAACUCAGAGGGAGGAUAUUGCUGAAAGCGAAAAACUUGAACGUUUCGGAACAGGGCGGAAUUACGGAACGAAGGGUGACGGUGGAUACGGAGUCGAGCUCUAGUACGAGCACGAGUGAUACAUCUGCUAGUGAAUCGGAACAUGCGCAUGAUGUGAGGGCGGAGUUGAGGCGAGAGUUUGAUAAGGCGAGACAUGUUGACGCGGUUAAAGAAAUAAGGGAGGAAAUACAAAAGGUGAAGAAGGUUGAACCGAUAAAGGAGAUCAAAGAAGAGUUGAGCAAAGCUCGCAACCUCUACGACCGAGUCCGCCGAAAGAAAUCACCCUCUCCAGCACCGGCACGGCAUGAAGCCUUUUCAGGUUCAUCUAGUACUCCCUCACCACCAUCUGCAGCGUCACCCAAGAGCUUCCCGUCCGAACUGCCUGCUAUCGAACGGCCAAAAGUUAAAAUGUCCUUCGAACUCGUUGCACUCCUCGUCUACACUGUCGGCGUCAAGUGCCGUGGAUUCAACAAGAAAGAGACAUAUGCGCCCGAACAUGUCUUUUCUCUGUCGGAACGCACGGCGAACAAAGUACUGAAGCAGAGCAUGCUGGAUCUGAUUAAGCAUAAUCGUACGCAUAUCGUGAGGAUUUAUCCCAAGGGGACGCGCUUGAAUUCAAGCAAUUAUGAGCCGCAUAGAUUUUGGGCAGCAGGAGCGCAGUUGGUUGCGAUUAAUUGGCAGACAUUUGACUUGGGGUAUAUGAUCAAUCAUUCAAUGUUCCAGCGAAAUGGCCGGGCCGGAUAUGUGCUCAAGCCUCCAGCCCUGCGCGUUCCAAGCAAGGAACUCCUUGCAAAGCAUACAAAUCAUGCUCUGGAUCUUAAGAUCAUCUCGGCUCAGCAACUACCCAGACGAAAGGAUUCGGAGGGUCGGGAGAUCAUUGACGGCAAUGUGAUAGACCCAUAUGUUGAAGUCUCCAUCCACGUCCCAGAUUGGGCUCGUCCACCCUUUCAAACUGAUGCGCCAUCCGUCUCCAUCUACCCUUCCGACACUCCAUCUCCCACAGUCUCCUUCACGCCAUUCCCACCCUCCACCAGCCCGGCCACGUUGUCCGGAACCGCAACUGCAAGAUCGACAACCGUCCGUACCUCCGUCGUCAAAAACAAUGGCUUCAACCCCAUUUGGGAAGAAACCCUCUCCCUUCCAUUCGAUUGCGUCGGUGAUAUGUUCGACCUCAUAUUCCUCCGUAUUGCUGUUCGCGACGAGAGAGACGACAGCAAUGGCGAGCCGCUUGCAGUGUACUGUGUUAGUUUGGGCAGUCUGCAGAUGGGGUAUCGUCAUUUGCCGUUGCAUGAUGCGCAGUUAUCCCAGUAUUUGUUCUCCACGCUUUUCGUGCACGUUGCUGUGAGGGAGUCUUAUCUGUUGUGAUUUGCGUUUCUUUUUUCCUUCCUUAACUCCGUUGACCCUUCACCUGUCCUGUCCAUUCAUAUUAUACCAUCACCACUAUUUCUCUUGGCACGCUCGUCGUUAUGUUCUUCCUAAUAAAACUUUGUAUCCUCUUCUUUCAUUCAUUUCUAAUUGCUAUUACGUAUGCCAAUUUGCACCUUUUCCCAAUGUAGCCUUUCCUUCCGUAUUUGCACAUUUUUCCUUUUUUUUUGUACUUCAUACCACUGCAACUUCACACCCAAGCAUUCUUCAAUUGAAGAGAUACUAGAUUAAUUAUAUACAAAUAGUGUAUCAUU